AUUUUAAGGGUGACGUAUUCCUUUAAGCAGGAAAUGCCUUUCCAAAAUAUUGCCAAAAUCCAUUCCAGUGGUGUAUUAGUGUUCAUCAGUAUUACACAUGUUGAAUCAUUAAGGGAAUGCAUUUCCUGUUUUGUAACAGAAGAAUGUAACAUCGUAAAAAAAACUGCAUUGGCUUGCACGAUGUGUGAUUUGAACCUCAGUACCUACUGAAUGAAUUAGUUGGCUUGCAUGGACAUGUUGUGUGUCUGUCACAGAUCCAUCGGUGGAGUGGGAUUUAUGUCAUCUCUUUUAAUUCAAUGACUCGUUAAUAUUUUUUGCCUUUAGACUUAUGAUGCCCUUUUUUGCAUGCUCCCAUGUCACUGUGUCAAGAUUUGUCAAGUGUCUCCACAUGAAGUGUUGGUUAGACAUGAGACCUUUGUUAAUGUAAUGAUGCUGCAUUAUCUGCAUUACUAUACAGGGACAUCCAUUGAAUAUGCAUUUGGUAAAUGCCCUUGUAGGAUGAGCAUAAUAAUGAUGCAUGGACUAGUGUUAUAAUUGCACUGCAGAAAGCUACUGUAUCACUUAAAAAGCACAAAAGCUUAAAACAAAGAUGAUAAAUUCAAUUUCCCAUCUGGUGACAUGCCUCCUUUUUUCGUAUGUAUUGUAGUAGCAAUUAAUGUCACAAAUGUAGUUGAACGCGAUCGCCCCAAGUCAUGUCUCAAUAAGCAAUGUUGGGUUUUUACAGUGAUUUGUUUACAAAAGUAAAUUACUUUCGGAAAUGAUCGUGUGGCAGGAAAAACUACAACUCAGACUAGCGUUUUGUAUUUUUGGCUACAGUUAUCCAACUUCACACCCAACUGGCAUUUGGACUCCAAAGCAUGAACGGCAGUGUUCAUUUCCCCGUACUUACACUAUUGAGUUUACACCAUGCGAGCAUAGCAGUCCCAGUUGGGGUAGAACCUAUUUAGCGUCUGCUGUGCAUGACUUUGUGGAUGAUUCUAACUCUUGACAAAUCACAAACGAGUAGCUUCCAUUCACUAAAUAUUUUUAGUUCAUCUGCAUGGGUUUCUUCCAGUUUCCUGCAUGCUCCUUGCUUUUCUCUGUGAUUGAUUUGUAGACUCUGUUUCAUACAGCUCUAUGAAGAAGAAAAAAGGUGUUUGGCACUAAUUCAUCUGUAGCGCUGGAGUCUAUCAAAUCAAUCCCUUCGUGUAUUCCUGCGUCUCUCUAACUAAUCCAAAAGUCUGUACUUUGUGAUUCUCUUUAUUUCCCCCGCAACGGAUCAAAGAUGAUGUCUAAGAAGACCCCCCAGUGCUCUGCACUGGAUCAGUCGGAGGUCGAUCAGCCUCCCAGUCAUUGUCAGGUGGACCGACCUGCAAACGCAGCGCCGGGGUGCAGGAACAAGGCUGAAUGCGGUCAAAGGAAUGGAGAGGCCGCACCGUCGUCCCCAGAGAGCAGCAGCUUGAAUGGAGACGGAAAGCGCGGCGGGAAAAGUCGCCGCCGCAAGAAACGUUCAUCCAAUCCCGGGAGUCGCCCUGAUGGGAAGGUUGACGUAAAGACCAAGACUGAAGAGAAGCCAGACAAAAGGACCAGCCAUCCACCCGCUGAGCUUAUUGGCCUGCAGUCCGAGCGUGCUAAUGUUUGGCUCGAGCGCAGCAUCUACGAGCGAGCCGAGAGCCUCUACCAGUGCUGGUUGGCGAGCUCUUCCAACGUGACCACCAAGUCGAACCGGUCACCUUCCGCCCCGGGUAAAAACUCUCAAUCUACUGUGGCUCCAUCUUCCUCAGGACCGGCGUGCCACCACGUCGUCCAGGCCGCGCGGGUGAACAAGACGACCGUCGACCAGGCAGAACAACACCGUGUCGAAGAAUCCGUCCAGCCGCCGAUUCCGAACUCUCUUGACCUCCUAUCCCCGCCUGACCGCUCCAUUGCAUCCAGAACGCCCGAUGAAGGGUAUCAGUCUCUAGCCCCAACACCCGCAACUCCCGUCAUCCAACAAGCAUCCGUCACGCCGACCAGUCGUCAGUCGAUCAACGGGCUGCCCCGCAUCCCAGUGGAGCUGCUGAGAGACGUGUGGCUGGAGAAGCCGCUGUACGACCGCGCCGAAGCCGCCUUCUACCAGAAUCUGUACGGUAACAAUUCCUCCAAGCGGUCCGGCUGCACCUCCGCUUCCAGAAGUACCGACCACCCUCAAAGCCUUGUAGAGGAGGAGGAGGAGGGGGAGGAAGAUGAGGAACUGGCGGUGGAGGAAAAAUGGGCGGUCCCACAGGGUAAAGCAGACAUCUUCCAUGCUCUGCUUCCUAUUCAGGAGGAAGAGGAGCCGUCCGAGGUCCCAGAGAAGGACGAAAUGUUGGGGGCGGGAGUCUGCUACUUCGUUCACCCAGACAGCGAACGGGUGUGGCUGGACAAGUGGCGGUAUGAUGCUGCAGAGAGCCGCUUCCAUGGUUGCAAUGAGAGUGAAGCUCUGGUGGGGAAGAAGGGUCGGAGGCCAGAAGCAGCAUCAGCUGCCUCCACCGCCCCUCUGAGGGACAACACCAUGAGUUCAGUGGACUUUCUGGCCCAGGAGAAGAUCUGGUUUGACAAACCUCGCUAUGACGAAGCAGAGCGGCGCUUCUACGAGCGGCCGGAUGGCUCCUCACAGCCAUCGCAGGUACCCGCGCUGUCUGAGAGGUUCAUUGACGUCGGGGCUAACACCAUUCUGCAAGACAUCGCCCGAGCCAGAGAGAACAUCCAGAAGUCUCUAGCGGGAAGCAUCAGCAGUGCAGCUGAUCAGGGAGAGAUCAUCUGUCGCAUCAAGAGCCUGGAGCUGGAGAACCACAGCUUAUACAAAGUGGUGGAUGACUUGAGUGCGGCACUUUCCAAACUGGAUUGUCGAGUGUCCGUUCUGGAGAAAGCUCCUGCAGUUGUAACGCCUGCUACCGCUCCGUCAGCACCCUACACAAAUGGCACUACUGCCCAGCAGAAGACCAGCGCCCCGGUUAAAGACGAGGAAGAGGACGACGAUAUUGACUUGUUUGGUAGCGAUGAAGAUGAUGAAGAGGCAGAGCAACUCAAAGAGCAGAGGUUGAAAGAGUAUGCAGAGAAGAAGGCCAAGAAGCCUGGCAUCAUCGCCAAGUCUUCCAUCUUAUUGGACGUCAAACCUGUAAGUCCGCACACUCAAUGGAUUUAUUCAAAAUUCAAUGUCUCCGACAGGAGCUUCGAUUCAUAGAUAAAAACCACGAUAA